AUGGGUCUCUGCUUUUCUUCCUCUUCACUCAAGAACCCUCAGCAUUCAGGCAACAACGACGGGGAAGGGUUUCUCCCUCUUCCUCCUCCUGAUGGCCGGAUUCUGAAAUGGCCCAACUUGGUGGUGUUCAGUUAUGAGGACCUGAAAUACGCCACAAGGAAUUUCAAGUCUGACACAUUGAUCGGUGAAGGUGGUUUUGGCAGAGUUUACAAGGGAUGGUUGGAUGAGAACACCCUCACCCCUACCAAACCAGGCUCCGGAAUUGAUGUUGCCAUCAAAAAGUUCAACAAGGAAGGGCUCCAAGGGUUUCAACAGUGGCAGUCAGAAAUAACCUUUUUCGGAAGGCUUUCUCACCCCAACCUGGUCAACUUAUUGGGUUACUGCUGGGACGAAGAUGAAUUUCUUCUUGUGUACGAGUUCAUGCCAUACGGAAGUUUAGAGAAUCAUCUCUUCUCAAGAGAUCCUGACAAAGAACCACUUUCUUGGAGUACCCGGUUAAAAAUAGUUAUUGGUGCGGCUAGGGGAUUAACUUUCUUGCAUGCCUCUGAAAAUCAAGUCAUACACAGAGAUGUCAAGUGCUCAAAUAUACUACUCGACGCGAAUUACGAUGCAAAACUAUCAGAUUUUGGGUUGGCGAGAUCAGGACCUUCAGACGGAAAAAAUCAUGUAAGUAGCAGGGUGAUGAGCUUGGGGCCUUCUGAAGGAAAUACUCACGUAACUACCACCAUAAUGGGCACAUAUGCUUAUGUUGCUCCUGGAUAUAAGAGUGAUGUGUAUGGAUUUGGUGUAGUGCUUCUUGAAAUACUGACAGGCAUGCGGGCACUUGACCCAGAACGACCUUCAGGACAGCAGAUCCUGGUUGAAUGGACUAAGCCUUGUCUCUCUUCCAAGAAAAAGUUGAAAACAAUUAUGGAUGGGAGGAUAGAGGGUCAAUAUUCACCCAAGGCUGCAUUUGAAGCAGCACAACUUACUCUAAAAUGCUUAGGCCAUGACCCUAACCAGCGUCCUUCAAUGAAGGAAGUACUUGAGGGAUUGGAAGCCAUUCAACUUCAACGACGGGGAGGUGUUUCUCCCUAUACCUGCUCCUGUUGCCCGGAUUCUGAUGACCUGAAAUACGUCACAAGGAAUUUCAUGUCUGACGCAUUGAUCGAUCAAGGCGGUUUUGGCAGAGUUUACGAGGGAUGGUUGGAUGAGAACACCCUCACCCCUACCGAACCAGGCUCCGGAAUUGUUGCUGCCAUCAAAAUGUUCAACAAGGAAGGCUUGCAAGGGUUUCUAAUAGUGGUAGGAAAUCCUUACAAAGAACCACUUUCUUGGAACACCCGGUUAAAAAUAGCCAUUGAUGCAGCCCGGGGAUUAGCUUUCUUGCAUGCUUCUGAAAAGCAAGUCAUACACAAAGAUUUCAAGCCCUCAAAUAUACUACUCGAUGGGGUCAGUUAG